CAGCGGGGGGAGCGCAGGGCCCGAGUAGAGAGAGGGAGGCACGGGUGGGUGGUGGACGUGACGAGAGCUCUUCGUGCUGCACCCUCCCAGAUACACCUGCACGCUACCCACACCUGCACGCUACCCACCCCUGCACGCUACUCACACCUGCACACUACUCACACCUGCACGCUACCCACCCCUGCACGCUACUCACACCUACACGCUACCCACACCUACACACUACCCACACCUACACGCACUCUACCUGCCGAGUUGGUGUGCUGCGAGUUGAACGAACUGCACAACUAACUCGCGGUCCCCGGACGCGAGACUGCAUUGUCCACCCCAGUUGCUGUUUGUGAGGUCUCUCGAGCAGCAGCAAUUCCAUCACACCCAUCGUCAGCAGCAGCAGCAGCCACCAUCAUCACCUCGUGCAGCGGACACCACCAUCAACACCAUCAUCAGCUGCUGCCGGUGAGGGCGAGGAGAGUGGAGCAGGCGCCGAGAUGUACAGCAUGCUGGAGGCCGAGCUCAAGCCCGUCGGGGGGCCACAACCCAAGGCGGUGUCGGGACCUGGCGGUGCUGGCGGCGGGGGGGUCCUCGGCGCUGGCGGCGACGGGAAAGUCCCCGACGACCGCGUCAAGCGGCCCAUGAACGCCUUCAUGGUGUGGUCGCGCGGCCAGCGGAGGAAGAUGGCCCAGGAGAACCCCAAGAUGCACAACUCUGAGAUCUCCAAGCGGCUCGGCGCCGAGUGGAAGCUCCUCACCGAGGCCGAGAAGAGGCCCUUCAUCGACGAGGCGAAGCGGCUGCGCGCGCUGCACAUGAAGGAACACCCGGACUACAAGUACCGGCCCCGUCGCAAGACCAAGACCCUGCUCAAGAAGGAUAAGUUCUCUCUGCAGGGCGGCCUCUUGGCCUCCGGGGGGCCCCCGGGCAGCGCCGCGGCCGCCGCGGCCGCCGGCCUCGGCCAGCGCCUGGACCCCUACCCGCAGCUCAACGGCUGCUGGCCCAACGGCAGCGCCUACGCAGCGGCCGCCGCGGGCCUGCAGCAGGAGCCGCUGGCCCACGCCUACUCGCAGCACGCCGCGCUCAGCGCAGCGCACGGGGCUGCGCAGUUGCAGGGCCUGCACCGAUACGACAUGAGCGGCCUGCAGUACCUGCCCGGCGGGCAGGGCUACCUGAACGGGGCCGCGGCGGCCGGCUACAGCGUCUCGUACGCGCCCCAACCCAGCAGAGCGCUCUCCCCGCCUCCUUCUCACGCCACUUCGAGCUUCGGUCACCAUCAUCAGCAGCAACAGCAGCACCAGCAGCAGCAGCAACAGCAGCAGCAGCAGCAGCGCACCUUGUCUCCCGUCGGCGGAAUUUACGUGCAGCCCGGGCGCACGCUGUCUCCGGCCUCCGGCUAUGCGCAACAGGUGCGGGAGAUGUCGUCUCCUGGGAUCGGAUAUCAAGCGCAGCAGCAGCAGCAGCACUCGCAUCAACCUCAGGCGCUACCUCCCCUCUCUUCGCUCACGAGCGUCGGGAAGAGCGAGGCGGCCACGCCAUCCCCGCCGGCCGUAGCCGCGCCCGGCGGUGGUGGAGGCGGUGGAGGUGGUGGAGGCAGCGGCGGGAGUGGACGCGCGGCGUGCCCUGGGGACCUGCGCGAGAUGAUCAGUAUGUACCUGCCCAUGGGCAGCAGUGAGGCUGGCGUGUCCGAGGUGGCCCAGAGCAGGCUGCACCACCACCUGAGUCAGCACUACCAGAACGCCGGCCCCAACGGAACCAUACCCCUCACGCACAUACCGUGGUGCUGAUGGGAGCCGCCUCACGCGUAUCGGACCCCCACUCGAAUGCCUUGAUGAAUCUCUAGAGACACUACUCUCUUUCACCGUGGCCUUGGCUCGCGAUCACGCGGCGGAGCGCGAGGGAGGGAGGAGGAGGAGGAGGAUUACAUUUGAGCCGCCGAUAUGAGAAGGGGGCUUCUGCAGAACGCGACGGCCUGAGCCCUGGGCCUCUCCGGGUGCGCCGGGGGUCGCCGCAGAACUCGGGACGACUCCACCGCACGCAUCAUCCGGCCUGUGUAGCGCGUCGCACCGGUGUGUAACGGAACACUGGACGCGUGGACAACGAGACGGACUUAUGGACGGACGGACAGACGGAUGGAUACGCAGACACACACGCACACAGAGAUCCAACCAGCCCGUAUGGCCUUGAGUAGACUGUUGGGGCGAGUGAAGGCCGGAACCGGCACACGAAGCGAGUGCGUGGCUCACACCACCCACUACCGCAUUCAUCUCGACGAUCGCGAUGUUUAUACAUCGCACUUCAUUUGAAGGCUGAGUUGACCUGGCGGGGGGGGGAGGUCCUGGACCGAAAUAUUCGCCACCGCUCCCCAUCAGACGAACACUGAUAGACGGACGCACAGAGACAUACACAGCGAGUCGGACACAGUGACUAACACACAGACAUGCGGAUACAGACAGACACACAAAUCGACUUGUAAUCACGGCACACGCAGAUGGACGGGUACAUUCAUGGAAUUGCCACACAGACAAACUUGCACCCCGAGCGACACGCGCGCGCGCACACAGGGGAGCAGACAGACGCACGGACAGAUACACUCGCACACAGAAGGAGGCUCUGUAAUCAACGCGGUCGCCUUGUCGCUCCGUGUGGAUGCGCGGCCUGGAGCAACCAACGGCAGUCGCGGCAGUAACUUGCAACCGCUCUCUCUCUCUGCGAGGUGGCGGCUGCCGCGGGUUAAAAAUAAAACACGCAAGGUGGCGUUUUCGUUCAAAGUUUACAUCGCAGAUAUAUAUUCUAAUUAAUGCCGCAUCAUCCCGUGUCGGUUCCGUGGGUAGCUCAGAGAUCCGCUAGUUACGCUUAAUUAUUACGGUUACAAAUGUUUGGUUUAACAGUGAUUCUAUAUAAUAUUAUUUCCUCUUUUGAGAACCCUAAUUGCGACUUCUACUGAGAUGAAAAAGCUGUGAUGACGAUGGAGGUGGUGAUGGCGGUGAUGAUAUUGGUCGUUCGACUUUGGUUCGCGUCACACGUUUGACACGAUACGUGGAUAAUUCUUACCAUGAAUCACAAUUUCUAAUUAUUAUUAUCAUAAUUAUUAUCCUUGUUGUUAUCAUUUGGAAGGCAGUGGCUGGCCGUGGAAGUUUUAGUCCAGCCACGCGAUUUAAAUAGACGACCAGAUGUCCCCGAUUCGAGACACUCAAUACAUCUUGGUGACAUGUCAUUAUUAUCAUUCUUAUUAUUAUGUAUGAUCUUUAUUUCGUGUGUGUUUUUUUGCUGUGUAAUAUUUUGUAAAGGCUGUUUUGUGUGGAAAACGGAUUAAAAACGGACACGAGAGAUGGUUUACAGUGUUCAUAAUAGUGUUCUUAUACACAUUCGUUUGUGUAGUAUUUUUUUUCGAAGCUGUCUCAAUUUUGUACAUAACAUCGUUUAUUUCUGCUGUAACUAAUGACCACAUCACACUGACCUCUUUGCAUCGUUGUUAUAUAUACACCGCUUUAGAGAGAGAGAGAGAGAAGAGAUCUAGAAAUAAAACCGUUUUUAAAAGUUUGUAA